AUGCAGUUCACCCAGCUCUUCUUCACCGUCGCCUCUGCAUUCCUCUUCGUCUCAGGCGUCAGCGCCAUUGCUAAGGACCCUUGGGCCGCUUGCAAUGGCGGAAACCAGUACGUCGCCGGCGACUCGUGCAAGUACUCCAACGGACCCAUCAUCUCUGGAACUUGCAAGUCCACGAACGCGGGCUUGCAGUGCCAGUAA